AUGCAAUAUUUAUUAAGUUUGUGUUUUGUUUUAGUAGUUGUAGGACAAUAGAUUAAAGGAAAUGGAAAACAUCAUAAACAUAAGAAUAAAGAGAUAGGGUUUGUGUAGGUUUCAGCAGAUUUGAAUGAUUAACGUAUCAUCUUAGAAGGAAUUAUACAAUAGGUGAAUUAAUUAGCUCUCUUAGUCUAAAGAUAAAAUGUAUUUGAUGAUAGUAUGAGAAAAAGACCUUUUGAUUUAAUGGGUUAAUUGGAUCGUCUUGAUAAGUUGGAAUUAUAUCCAGAAGAAUCUAAGAUUAUUCAAAGCUUAAAAUAACAAUUAAAUAUAAUUUCUAAUGCAAUGGAUGUAGAUGAUGAUAUUUAAUAAUGUGAUGAUGAAGAUGUUUGUUAAAUUUGUUAAGCUUCCAUGUAUUAUUAAUUGGAUGAUGAUAAUUGGUAUAUGAUUGGAUUUGAGCAUGGAUUUAAGUAAUUAUGCAUUGAAAUGAAGAAAGGAAUUCCAAUUCCUAUUAGAUUCUGCAAAAUAAGCACUAGGAUCUGAUGGGGAUCUUUUGUUGGCCUUCUCUAGUGAAAAUCACAUAUGUUUACAAUUUGUCAAUCUAAAACAUCCCAUAGAUAUCAAUGGUGUACUAAAAUUAUAUUUGGGAACUACAUUAAAUGAUUACCAAAAUAAAUUGAUUCAUUUACCAACUCAUGGAAUACCUUUAGAGUUUCUAGUUAGAGCAGAAUAUUAAAAUAGAAAUUUCAUUUACAAAAACCUAAAAUUGAUUGUAAAUGAUAAUUCUUAAAGAGAUAUUCUUGGUGGUCGAUUGAAUAAAUUGCAAUUCUCCAUUUUCGAUUAAAAUGUUUAUAUUUUAUAAUAUCAUAUAAGGUAUUUAUUGAAUAUGAUGGUCAAUUUUAUAUCUAAUCCCAAAUCUUUCCAUUUCAGGUUAAAACUAUUCAAGGAAACACUAAAUCAGAAUAAGUAAAUUUAUAUAUAUUUAUAAUACUCCAUAGAUCAAUAUUAAAUAUUCAAAGAAUAUAGCUGAAUAGUAUUUGUCAAGUUUUAUUUUGA